CUUCCAGCCUUGUGACCAUGUGGAAGGAAGUCCUGCUGUGCGUCUGUGGCGUCACAGCCUACGUCAUGGCAGCUCCGUCUGUUCCGGCUAGGCAGGUCCACCGCGAGAAGAGAGCCGAUCCAGCCCCGGCCAGGGAGACACCCCGCGCGAAGAGGGCGGCCCCGCUGGCCUCCUUCGUGGCGGGCGCCGCUAAGAAUGUCGGCGGGCUGGUGGUGGACGCCCUCGGGGACAGAAUUGCGGAGGGAGUCGUGGAAAAUCAUCAGGAAAAGGUUGUCAGUGCCCUGGAGGACUACUUUUCCGGACAGUUUGACUUGGCGGACGAGGAAUUUCAGAACGUUCUGGCGCGAGGUGGAGACCUCCUGUCCAGCGUCGGUGACGAUGUUGAAGAGGCCCGGGUACAGCUUAUUCACGGCAGAGGCACUAACACUGGAGACACCUUCUCACCGGCAGGUUACGAACUUCGCCUUCGCUUUGACCGGGAAGAAGAUGGGGAUGGAGAAGAUGACAGUUCUGACGGCAUGUCACCAGCGCUUUUUCCUAGUGGGGCUGGGCCCUUACUGAUGAACGGUUGCUUCGGUUCCAACUAUGCUGAGGGAGACCCGUGUUACGAGGCUUUUGUGUCGAUAGAAGCCUGUGCUAAUAUCAUUGACGGAGCACUUUUCCUGGGAACGGGGUUUGACGGCCGAGGUGAAUACUCCACUCAGUCCAGGAAGAAGAGCCUCAUCCAGCGAGCCUGCAAUGGUCUGCAAGGUUACAAGGAGUUCCACGUGCCCGACAUCAUGACAGUGCAGGGGAUAUAUGACACCGACAUGGAGAGCUACACCUUCUUCUCCUUGGAAGAAUACCGGUCGUACCUGGAAGACAAGUCUGCCGUGACGUCAGCCAAGUCUAUCUUUCAGCAGGAGAUGAACAAGGCCCAGGGACAUCUGGCAGGAGGGGGUCCCUUCGGGUUGAUCUAUUCGGCAGGAGGUGGCAGGUCAAGUCAAGCAGGUGUUGACUCAGAAACGUCCAGCUUCGACGCCAGUUCCUUUGCAAGCGCUCAACUUACGGAGACCUCCACUCGCACAUUCAUGGCCAUGGUGGAACUGAACGUCUUCAGGUACGAAAUGUUUCUGGACUUCGUUGGCCCCGAGAAUUUGAACCUGGCAUUUCUGCGUGACUUCCUGAAUCUUCCGGGAACAUAUUUUGCCAUUGGAGCGGACAGGGAAUUCCAAAAAUUCAUCCUACGUUGGGGAACCCACUACAUCACAUCUGCCAAGUUCGGAGGACAACUCAAAAUUAUAAAAACCCGCGAAGCAAGUGAGACAGAUUCACAGGAGAGCUUUGCAAAGGCAGCCCAGAAAGACUUCCACAAGCUCUUCAGCACCUACUCCGCACAACAGACCCAGACCAAGUCCAGCAGCUUUUGGCACGACUCAGAGUCAACUGAAGAGAGCAGCAGUUCCAGCAGCCAAGGGAACAGCGAAACGUCUUCAGAAGAUUCCCUUAGUGAACAAGCAGCCCUGUCUCAGACCGACUACAGCAAUGAGGUCAUGGAGGUUCAGGGAGGUGACCAGAAGAUCGCUGCGGUCAUCACCGAGUUCUACACCACGUCAUUCGGGAAUUCCCUGAAAGACUGGCUAGAAUCUAUUGAAGAGUUUCCCAAACCUUUCGAGUUCAGGAUGCUUCCGAUUACCGACCUGCUGGACAUGAACUACGACUCGUUUUUUCCACAUGGAGUCGUGGACUUCGGCUGCUUCGGAAGGAAAACCUUGUCUGAAGACGGAAGUGGUCGCAAGUAUUACGUAGAAGACAAGACUGACGGCAACGUAACCACGUCAGAAAUCCGCUACUGCGACUUUGAAGAGAAAGAUGAUCUUACCAGGGCGCUCACCGAGAGACGACUGGCUCUGAAGCGCGCCAUUGCCGUGUACCUAGAGGAGGGUCCCUUUCUGACCUCCGACUUCCAAAUCCCGGCCGGAAAGCCCGGAUGUGAGACUGCUGAGUUGGCUAUUCUUGAGGAGUCUACUGCUGGAGCACCCAGCUGGCAGGAGAUGAUGAGCGGACAAGAGUUCAAAGUCGUUUUCAACAUGCCGUAUAAUAUUCCACAUUUCCUGAUAGCCAGAGCCGUUCUUAAUUUAAAAUAUAGGUCUAAAUCUCAUAGCUGGCUGACCAUCAGGCCUGGAUAUACCCCGAACGAGUUUGAUGCACACAAGAAUGGCGAUAGUGGUGACAUCACUCAACAUAAGGUUAGUGUCGGGGGUCUGGUUAUGACGUACGACGAGAACACGGGUACCUUUACCGUGACACAAGACGACUUCGAUGCGUCAUCAGCGGUCAUCCAGAACCUGCCUGCCUGGGUCAACGGCAUGGUGGUGGCCAGAGCUGAGUACAAGUCACUACUGGAACAGCUAAGCCACCAGCAAAGUUCCACUGGACAGAUGCCCUGCAACCUGCAAUGGUCCAACGCACUUCGCAUCGACCCAACUGACGGAGGAAAGUGCAUCCACUUCACGGCAGCAUCAAGGGGCAACAUUUAUGUGGUGUUCUCCGGCGUUCCUGAAGACCAUGAAACCUGGGUCACAGUAGAAAUUUCUACAAGUGGGGUAGCAGUGUAUAAGGCUUUGCGCUUGGCGGUUACGCAGCUUGGCAAAGGAUCCAAAGGCCUGGGAUCGGACAUGCUCUACCAGUCGUACUUUGUCUGCGUUGAGGAGGAUUUGGAAGAGUCCACAACAACGGUACAAUACGGGAAGACGCCAGAUAAUGAGGACCGCGGCCAUGUCUGGCUGGACUACCAGUUCCACGAUAUUCUGUCUCUGCACUUCUACGCGUUCGGCAGCGGCGAGCACGCCGUGAAGAUGAUGGGAGUGUCUCAGACAUUCAAACCCACGGACCUGAACAUCGUCUGCCGCGCCGGAACAGUCAAAGAGGGUGACAGAUGUGUACAAGUCUGCCACGACGAAUGUGUCGGCUGUAGAACGACCGGAUCUGACAGCCCACGUGACUGCAUCACGUGCCUGAACUUGAGGGUCCCCUACCCGUACCUCGCUGGCUCCGUCGGGGAUUUCGAGUGUGUGUCAGCCUGCCCAGUAAACAUGGUCCAAGCUUCUGGGUUAAACGACUGUCAAUGUAUAAAGCGGAUGGAGGAACCCGCUGAUGACGGCACGGUGACGUGUGUGACGUCAUGUCCUCUCACCCACUUUGACGACAACGGCGUGUGCAAAAGGUGCAGCAGUCUUUGUACCGACGUGAGUGGAGACGGCCAGGCGGUGUGCACGGGGCCUGCUGCCGAACAGUGCACGGUGUGUGUCUACACGGCAGCAGACGGGAGCUGCUUGGAAGGAUGUAGCCCUGGACAGAAGGCCGUAACCGGAUCUACAACCGGAUCAACUACAACUAGUGGUGAGUACACCUUACUGGUGAUAAAAGGCGGCUGUACAGGGACGUCCCGUAUUGAGUAG